GAAAACGACGCCGUAUCCAGUCCGCCUUCACACCUUACAUCCUCGAAAAGUGCCUGCCUCGGCGAAGCACAGUAGACAGAGAAAGAGAGGAGAGAGAGAUGAGUGCACCGGCGUCGUACCUGGCUCGGAGGGCAGCGCAGAAGGAGAGAGUGAGGAUCCUCUACCGGAGAGCCCUCAAAGAGACUCUCAAUUGGGCCGUCCAUCGUCAUCUCUUCUACCGAGAUGCUUCGGAGAUGCGCGAGAAGUUUGAUGCCAACAAAAACGUGGAAAGUCUCGAGACAAUUGAUAGACUGCUAGAAGAUGGUGAAGCAGCCUAUAACAAAUGGCGGCACCCUGAUCCUUACAUUGUUCCAUGGGCUCCUGGUGGCUCCAAGUUUACCAGAAACCCGCCUCCACCUCCUGGGAUCGAGAUACUGUACAACUAUGGCCAAGAAGAUCAUAUUUGAAUCUGUGCUUCUUCUCCCAUGGCAGUAAAUAAAGAUCAAUGGACAUGACUGACAAGGGAGGGUUUUCAAUUCAUUGUGUUUGUGUUGUGUUUAAUGAUGCUCUGAACAUUUUGAGACACUCGGUUGUUCUGUAUUUGUUUAUUGUCGAGACUGAUAGUCUGCCCUAACAUGUGUGGGUUGACUUAAAGCAUAGCUAAUCUUGCAUCCGACAUGCAACCAUUGUAUACAUUUGGUUUUUGGCAUAUUGGAAACUCAACGACAUUGGGCAGGGAUAGAGAUCCUUGCAUUCGCUGCA